GUUGUACCUCUAAAUCUCAGAGUUCAACAUAUUUCUAUAUUCUGCACUUACCAUUUUUAUUGGCGUCCUCAUGAUACGAAAGUCCAAUGACUGCGUUAGCGGAUUGCUUGGAAGCGGAGCACACGCGACUGCAACAUCUACGUGGAGUGCACAGCUCUUGAUCUCAUUUCGGUUACUCAAGCACUGGAUAGUAGUAUACGCAGUAUAUAUACCACGAAUUGUUAUUGUCAUGCAUCUACCAACUUUGGCCGCCCUCACUUCGUCUCUCAUUCACACCCAUUCUCUCCCAAUACGACUAUGAUAGUCUUAGAUGAUCCCGCUUUGUGGCCUUUCGUCAAAGCGUGUCGUAUCGCCAGUUAUUUUAUAGUUGCCGCCUUUGUUGC